CUUGGAUUUGACUCACUUUCCCGAGUGUGAUCUGAUAUCCUGUCUCGACCACGGUCACGGUCAAGAUCAAGAUCACCGAGGUCAUAGUCACAGUCACGGUGCUGCGACUUCCUGAAUUUCCCCUUCGAUUCAUUCCUUCAUACCUCCUCUGAAAGACGGGUUCAAAGACUGGUUCAAGGAUGCCGAAAGUCCACCUGCUCGACUAUGUCGCCGGCAAUGUGCGCAGCCUGGUGAAUGCCAUCGAGAAGCUAGGCUUUGAGGUCGAGUGGGUUCGCACACCCGAAGAGGUCGCAAAUGCGGAGAAACUGAUUCUCCCCGGCGUGGGCCACUUUGGCCACUGCCUCUCCCAACUCGCCUCGGCGGGGUACGUGCCCGCUUUGCAGGCGCACAUCGACGCCGGCAAGCCAUUCAUGGGCAUCUGCGUGGGGCUCCAGGCCCUCUUCUCCGGCUCCUCCGAGGACGCCGACUGCCCCGGCCUGGGCGUCAUCCCCGGCACGCUCGACCGCUUCGACGACGCCUCCAAGUCGGUACCGCACAUCGGCUGGAACAACGCCAGCUGCCCGACGAACCCGACGCUGUACGACCUCCGCCCGGGCUCCAAGUACUACUACGUGCACUCGUACAAAUUCCCGUACAGGCAAGGCGAGCUGGAGGGGCUGGGCUGGGCCGUCGCGACGGCCACCUACGGCGGGGAGACCUUUGUCGGGGCCGUGGCGCGCGGCAACGUUGUCGCGACCCAGUUCCACCCCGAGAAGAGCGGCGUGGCGGGUCUGCGGGUGCUCCGCGCUUUCCUGACGGGGUCAGGCGCUACGGCGCUGGGCGCGCACCCCCCGACGUCUGACGCGGCGGCGGCGGCGGCGAAUGACGGCGGCGUGGCGGGCGAAGGCGGCCCCGACGGCCUGACGAGGCGGGUGAUCGCGUGUCUGGACGUGCGGACUAACGACAAGGGCGACCUGGUGGUGACCAAGGGCGACCAGUACGACGUGCGGGAGAAAUCGGCGGACCGCGGCGUCCGCAACCUGGGCAAGCCGGUCGAGCUGGCGAGGCGGUACUACGAGCAGGGCGCCGACGAGGUGACCUUCCUCAACAUCACGAGCUUCCGCGACUGCCCGCUGGCCGACCUGCCCAUGCUGGAGAUCCUGCGCCAGACCUCGGAGACCGUCUUCGUGCCCCUGACCGUCGGCGGCGGCAUCAGGGACACGCUCGACAUGGACGGCACCAAGGUGUCGGCCCUGGAGAUCGCGACCAUGUACUUCAAGUCGGGCGCCGACAAGGUGUCGGUCGGCAGCGACGCCGUGCUCGCCGCCGAGGAGUACUACGCCGCUGGCAAGUCGCUGUUCGGCAACACGGCCAUCGAGCAGAUCAGCAAGGCGUACGGCAACCAGGCCGUCGUGGUCAGCGUCGACCCGAAGCGCGUCUACGUGCCCAAGGCGGACGCGACGCGGCACGCGACCCUGCGCACCGCGCACCCGGGCCCCAGGGGCGACGAGUACUGCUGGUACGCGUGCACGAUCAAGGGCGGGCGCGAGACGCGGGACCUAGACGUGGUGGAGCUCGCGCAGGCGGUCGAGGCCAUGGGCGCCGGCGAGAUUCUCCUGAACUGCAUCGAUAAGGACGGCACGAACAGCGGUUUCGACCUGGAGCUGAUCGCUCAGGUCAAGCGCGCCGUCAGGAUACCCGUCAUCGCGAGCAGCGGCGCCGGCCACCCGGGCCACUUCCAAGAGGUCUUUGAGAAGACCACCACCGACGCGGCGCUGGGCGCCGGCAUGUUCCACAGGGGCGAGUACACGGUUAAGCAGGUCAAGGAUUACCUGGCUGACAAGGGCUUGACUGUGAGGCAGUUCGAAGGGGACUUGUAGUCGGGAUCGUGGCGAGGGGAAGGGGGGUUCUUGGGACUGGCCGGGAAGACUCUUGACUGGAUUGAUGAAGAGGGUACUUGGCACAAUACUGCUCGGAUACCAGCAAAAUGCGCAGCCUCAAUGUGGAUAGAUUUUCUUCUCCAGAGACUUGCUAUGAUACCUAUGGUAAAAACAAGAAAUUUGACUGUGAAAC